AUGAAUGUUUUAAAAUUACAAAAGAAAUUUCCAAUAUUAGAUCAAUCAGAUUUAUUUAAUAUAAUUGAAGAUUUUAGAUCAAUUGAUUUAGAUGAUCAAGGUUGGGCAGAAAAGAAAGAUGUUAUUAAUGCUAUUGCUAAAAAGGGAAAUUAUUCUUAUGAUCAAGCAAGAGAAACUUUAAAACAUGUAGAUGUUGAUGCUAGUGGUAGAGUAGAAUUAGAUGAUUAUGUUGAAUUAAUGGCAAAAUUAAAAGAAUCUUCUUCUACCCCUCCACCUCAGGGUGGACAAGCAGUAGCAGAAGCUACUGCUGGUAGUGGAACUUCUCCUAGAGUUAUCAAAAAACAUGCUCCACCAGUCCCCACUGCCAAUGCUCAAAAUAAAACUUUUAUUGAAGGGAAAACUUCAGGUACAACUCAUACAAUUAAUGAUGAAGAAAGAACUGAAUUUACAAGACAUAUUAAUUCUGUAUUAGCUGGUGAUCCAGAUAUUGGAAAUAGAUUACCAUUCGAUACUGAAACUUUCCAAAUCUUUGAUGAAUGUAGAGAUGGUUUAGUUUUAUCUAAAUUAAUUAAUGAUUCUGUUCCUGAUACAAUUGAUACUAGAGUCUUGAAUAUCCCUAAAGGUAAAAAAAUCUUAAAUAAUUUCCAAAUGUCGGAAAAUUCAAAUAUUGUAAUCAAUUCAGCCAAAGCAAUUGGUUGUAUUGUUGUUAAUGUUCAUAGUGAAGAUAUUAUCGAUGGAAAGGAACAUUUAAUUUUGGGAUUAAUUUGGCAAAUUAUUAGAAGAGGAUUAUUAUCAAAAGUUGAUAUUAAAUAUCAUCCAGAAUUAUAUCGUUUAUUAGAAGAUGAUGAAACUUUAGAACAAUUCUUAAGAUUACCUCCAGAACAAAUCUUAUUACGUUGGUUUAAUUAUCAUUUAAAAAAUGCUGGGUCACCAAGAAGAGUCACUAAUUUUUCAAAAGAUAUUAGUGAUGGAGAAAAUUAUACGGUGUUAUUACAUCAAUUACAACCGGAACAUUGUGAUUUAUCACCCCUCAAAACAUCUGAUUUAUUAACUAGAGCAGAACAAGUCUUACACAAUGCUGAUAAAAUUGGUUGUAGAAAAUAUUUAACCCCAACUUCUUUGGUUGCCGGUAAUCCUAAAUUAAAUUUAGCUUUUGUUGCUCAUUUAUUCAAUACUCAUCCAGGUCUUGAACCAAUUGAAGAACAUGAAAAGGUCGAAAUUGAAGAAUUUGAUGCUGAAGGUGAAAGAGAAGCUCGUGUUUUCACAUUAUGGUUAAAUUCUUUAGAUGUUGAACCUCCUGUUGUUUCCCUCUUUGAAGAUUUAAAAGAUGGGUUGGUAUUAUUACAAGCUUAUGAUAAAGUCUUACCCGGAUCAGUUUCAUUCAAACAUAUUAAUAAAAAACCCGCCAAUGCAUCUGAAUUAUCUCGUUUUAAAGCGUUAGAAAAUACAAAUUAUGCCGUGGAGAUUGGGAAAGCUAAUGGAUUUUCAUUAGUCGGGAUUGAAGGAUCCGAUAUUGUUGAUGGGAAUAAAUUAUUAACUUUGGGAUUAGUAUGGCAAUUAAUGAGACGUAAUAUUGUCAAUACUUUAGCUGAAUUAGGCAAAGGGGCCAAUCUUACCGAUGCUGAUAUUUUGAAAUGGGCCAAUGCACAAGUCAUAAAAGGUGGUAAGACCGCCAAUGUCAGAUCAUUUAAAGAUCCUUCAUUAUCUACUGGUAUUUUCUUUUUGGAUGUUUUGAAUGGAUUAAAACCAGGAUAUGUUGAUUAUGAAUUAGUUUAUCAAGGUGAUAGAUUAAGUGAAGAAGAGAAAUAUGCAAAUGCUAAAUUGGCAAUUUCUAUUGCUAGAAAAUUGGGUGCUUUGAUUUGGUUAGUGCCUGAAGAUAUUAAUGAAGUUAGAAGUAGAUUGAUUUUAUCAUUUGUUGGUAGUUUAAUGGCGGUUGCUGAAACUUUGUAA